GCUACACACCAGCUAACCAAGCAUGACGCUGCUCCUUUUGGCCUUCUUGGUGGCUGCCGCCACUGCGGCUCCCCAGGCCCAGGACUUCAACAGCCAACAGUUUAUCAGCAGCGGUCCGCCAAAAAUCCGCAUUCUCAGUCAAAGGUUCCAGCAGGACAUAAGCGGCAGCUACGAAUACGCUUAUGACCAAAGUAACGGACAGAGGAUGGAGGAGGUGGGUCGAGUGCAGCCGGGACCUCAGCCAGAGACCGGCAGCAUCUCCCAGCAGGGCAGCUAUCAGUUCAUUGCCGACGACGGCAACACCUACGAGGUCAGCUACGUGGCCGACGAGAACGGCUUCCAGCCUCAGGGCGCCCACCUGCCGCAGGCUCCAGCUCAGAUCCCCGAGUACGAGCAGCUGAGGCGGGACUACCCGCAGCUGUUCUGGGCCGAGAACGGAGGGGCUGGCAUCAUCCUCAACGACCAGCAGCAGUUCAACCAGCGGCAGUUCGAUCAGCAGCAGCUCAACCAGCAGCAGUUCAGCCAGCAGCAGUUUGAUCAGCAGCAGCUCAACCAGCAGCAGUUCGACCGACAGGAGUUUGACCAGCAGCAGAUCAACCAGCAGCAGUUUGACCAGGUGCAGUUCGAACAGCAGCAGUUUGAUCAGCAGCAGCUCAACCAGCAGCAGUUUGGCCUGCAACAGCUUAACCAGCAACAAUUUGACCAGCAGCAGGUCAACCAACAGCAGCCCCAGCUGCAACUGGUAACCGCACAACAAUUUGAUCAGCAGCAGUUCAAUGACCAGCAGCUCGAUCAGCGGUUCGAUGGACAGCAGCUUCAGCAGCUAGAUGAUCAGCAGUUCGACCAGCAGCCGUUGAAUAGACAACAGUUCGAGCAGCAGCAGGUCAAUGACCAGCAGCUAAAUCAGCAACUCACAUUGCCAUUGUUGGACACCCGAGUGGGAGACCUGUUUAUCUAG